AUGAUCGCUUUAGCUGUGUGGAUGGGCUACACGGUAUCGCAGUCGGGACACAUAUCGUUGACAACUCUUUCAACCAAUGAAGCACUUGCCGCAGGAAAUACAGUUGCCGUGGGUUGUCCGCUUAUCGUGAUUCCAAUUCUCGUCUUUUUGAAACCCGCAGACUUUGCGUGGGAAACUUGGCUCACCAUCAAGCAGGACGAUAACACUGAGUUCGACAAGAAGCACGGGUUGGAGCAUGUGUUAUCGCAGGAAGACGCAACUGAAGCCGUCUUGAUAGAGCACCAGAACAACGAGACCAUACUCAAGAGACAGUUCAAAAUAGGUGCUGUUGCGUGCACCGUAUUGAUCUUGUUCUUUCUUGUGGUCUUCCCCAUGCCCUUGUAUGGCUCGAAGUACAUCUUCAGCAAGCGGUUCUUCACAGGUUGGAUCGUGGUGGCAUUUUUAUGGGCAUUUUUCGCUGUCUACGUCAUUAUCGUAAUCCCAGUGUGGGACGGACGCCAGGCCCUUGGCCGGUUGUAUCGUAUUAUGAUGGGCCGUGAGGCGAAACCUGGAGACAGCAGCACAUAUUCCCACGAUGAGGAGACGCCAGUGAGUAAGGUUCAGUUCACAGUCAAGGAGGAAGAGGUGAGAGGUGCUUUCUAG